AUGUGGAAGAAGACCUCUGGCCACCAUCGCUCGAAGAUUCCGCACCUGCUUCUCAGCGACUCGCCCGGCCAGUCUGGCGGGUUGUUUCCUCCACCUCCCUCAGUGCCAUCAUCUCCAUCUCUAGUGCUACUGCUAGUGACCCUGACAUUACCAGCGCCGUCGUCGUCAUCCGCACCUUCGGUGGUCCCGCCCUCGGUCCCGGUGCUUCCCUGUCAUGGGGAGGCUGAGGUUGUUAAUGUGGAACCAACCGAGGACCCAGUAGUGUCCGCAAGUGCUGAUUCUGCUGUCAAUGAAGGCCACAUUAAGCGUGUUCGGGAGCUUCAAGAAGCUGGACUAUCGGCAACGCAUGUGGUCGAGACUUUUGCCAAGUGGAGGGUGGUUCCUUUGAAGAAUCGGGACCCUGCCUACUCUUACAAAGGAGUUCUUGACCCGAACAGAGAGUCGGUCGAAGAAGUUUCGGAUAAAGAGAUCGCCCGUCGGGUCAAGGAGAUCAUUGACAUCAGUCGUCCGGAUUGGAGCGGCGUCCCUGAGCCGUACCAUGCCGAGAACCCUCCUCCCCAGCUGGAACCGGGACAGGCCCAGGUCGACAACAAGCUAAACCGAGGCCCAGUUCCCUCCGAGAUCACUCUAGCCCCCAAGCCUGACGUGGCUACGGGGGAAGAGAAGCCGUUGGGGGGCGCAACCCAGGGGCUGACAAAGUCCACCGAGAAACCAGCCUCCGAGCCUGCUCAGUUCGUGGGGAAGAGGAAAACCCGAUCACAAGAAGAUGCCGAGGAGGUUUCCCUGCCCCUUACGAAGAGGGGUCAGAGCAAAUCCCGAAGCCCCCAGUCGGCAGAUGAGGCUGGAGAGAAUCAGCCGAGGGGGGCCGAGAGGGCCGAGACCGAAAACCCACUCCGCACUGGUGAUCAGGUAUUUGCUCGACUGGAUAGCCUUGAAUGUGUUUGGGAGGUCUGUACUCAAGAGAAGGUCUCAACUCCACCAGCUAGCAAACCGAUAGGCCGAAGGGGGAAAAAGCUGAAAUCCUUAGUCCACAUUAACCCGGUAGCUAAAAGCCCCAAAAUCCCAAGUGGGGUGAUUGCUGGUGAGUCUGAAUCUGGCCAGGCCCAAGGAGCUGAGGCGAUGCUACUAGAGAAAGACCCUUUCCGUAUGGAUGCCAUAAUCCAUGAACUGCAAGUCUGUCAAAGCUUGUGGAAGGAAGCUAGUGACCAGGCCAAGCAGUCUGGUGUGGAAACAUCUCGGCUGAGGGAAGAAGUAAACAUUCUCCUGACGAUUGUUGUAGCUUUACCUCCUGGUUUUCCCUUGUUUGAAGACCAACGCAGGUACACCGAGCUACUCAAGAGAGAGAAAGCGGCCUUGGAGCGCCAAGUCGAUGAUCUCCAGAAGACACUCACAGUUGCUGAACAGCGCCGAGAAGAUGUAGGGGGAGAGUUGACCGAAGGAGCCAUGACAGCUAUUGGACAUGCGAUUGGCACCCUCAAGAGCCGCAUCCCUGAUCUCGAUGUUAGCCUGAUAUUGCAAGGCUAUAAUUGUGGAAGCGAGGAUGAUGCUAAGAAGCUGCUUAGGGAAAUCCAGCCGACUGUCAAAGCAUUUGUUGACCAACUCUGUUUCUCAGUUGAUGAUGAUGAAGAUGAGUAA